AAAGUUGUAAAUAGUAAAAAAAAACAGAAUUUACUUGCUACAGAUCUACUACUAAAGAAAAGGUGAGACUUUUCAGAGAAUUUUCACAAAAUAAGUACAAAAACUCAUUAAAGCAAGAAACCCAAUUAUAUCUUUUCCAACUACUUUUAUUGGUAGAUCUCCUCACACUAUCUUUUAUUUAAAACAAAAAAAAAAAACAGAGGAAACAAAAAAAAUUCAUUCUUUCAGAAAAAACCAUACAAAAAAAGAGAGGGUAAAAUCGUAAAAAAAAAAAAUGGUGCACCCAGUUGCAGAAGCAAACGAGUUGAGCCCAUUUGGCUCACUUUCAGCAACCGAGUUCUACACAAAGCACUCAGUGAGUCACUCGUCCGAGUACAUAACCAACUCACGAGGUAUGAAACUCUUCACUCAGUGUUGGGCCCCACUUUUAGGAGAGAGAAUUGGUGUAAUCUGCGUCGUUCAUGGCUAUACUGGUGAAACAAGUUGGACUGUCCAACUUACAUCAAUAUUUUUCGCAAAAGCAGGAUUUAUAGUGUGUGGUAUAGACCAUCAAGGACAUGGGUACUCUGACGCGCUUAAUGGGUACGUGGCACACAUUCCUGAUGUUAAUCCUGUGAUUGAUGAUUGUGUUGAGUAUUUUGAUGAGUUUCGUGAGAAACACGCGCCGGGGUUGAAGGGGUUUUUGUACUCGGAAUCGCUUGGCGGGGCGAUCGCGCUGCUUAUUACGUUGAAGAAGAAGAGCGUGGGGGAGGAAGGGAGGAGGGGGUUUGAUGGGGUGGUGUUGAAUGGGGCUAUGUGUGGGAUUAGUCCAAAGUUUAAGCCACCUUGGCCUUUGGAGUAUCUUCUUGGGUUUGCUGCAAUGGUGUUACCUACUUGGCGCGUGGUUCCUACUCGCGGUUCUAUACCUGAUGUGUCAUUUAAGGUGGAAUGGAAGCGCAAGCUAGCAAUCGCGAGCCCGAAGAGGUACAUGGGUAGGCCACGCGCUGCCACGGCACACGAGCUGAUGAGGAUAUGCAGGGAGGUUCAAGAGAGGUUUGAAGAAGUUGAUGUCCCAUUGUUCAUAGUUCACGGCAGGGACGACGUGGUUUGUGACCCUGCCUGCGUGGAGGAGCUCUACCAACGCGCUUCUAGCAAAGAUAAGACACUGAAAAUCUAUCCCGGAAUGUGGCAUCAGCUAGUGGGUGAGCCUGAGGAGAAUGUUGAGCUUGUGUUUGGUGAUAUUUUGGAUUGGCUCAAGGCCAAAGCUCUAGAUUGCAAGUAACUGAUUAUGACAUUAGAAGUCUUUGAUUAAUUAAAACGUUUAGAAUAGGGCAAAAUUGGUGUAUUGGUUUGCCUUAUUGGGUGUAUUUGAACUUUGAUUCUUCUUCUAUUUAAUAAAGUGGACUUCUAAUUA